GGGGAUGGAGACUGGAUCCGACAACAGCCUGCCGUUUGGACACGGUGCUUCCGCUUUCGGCAGCGAGGACGGGGACGUGGAGGAUGUUAUUCCAGAAAGGAGACUGUCUCUUGAUCUGAGACACUGGGAACCAACAGCAGACAGGUAAACGUAUUCCCAUGCACGGUGAGUGAAAUCAUGAUUACCUGCAGCAAGAAAGGUCUAAUACCAGUGCGUAAGUGGAAAUGGUUUUACUGGACACGCAAAUAUGACACCUGCUGGUCAAACCAGGAAACCGGCAGCAAUGUCCCAGCUACAGUCCUGUAGACCAGGAUUCCCGAAUCCCAGUACUGGUGACCCUGCAUUCUGCACACUUUUGUUACCGGGCGCAGUAAAUGAGGCAUUUAAUUAGUUGAUGAGUUGAAUCAGAUGAGCUUGAUGAGACAAAGCACAUGCGAAGUGUUGGGUCACCAGGACUGGCCAUCGGUAGACCACACUGCGCAGCUUUGUGUUUUCCUGCUCAAACAGAUCAUCCCAAAAAGGCCUUACAAUAAGGAAUAAUUAUGAAUAGACAUUAUGUAGACAUUAUACAUACAUAUACAUAAAGGUAGUAGAAUCAUUAUUAUUUAUUGUAUUUAAAUAUCAUUUUUUAUGUAGUAAUAACUAAGGAAUAAAGGUGGGAAAGCAAAGGUGAUACUACACUGAGAAUUGCAUGCAUUGAUUUCACUUCAUUCGAUUCCACAUUAAAUAAUAAAUUACACCCACGCAGUUUUGUCUUGUGGGGCACUUACCCCUGGCAAUAAUUGCCCUGAUGUGAUAUAAUUUAUUGGGGAUUGCACAAUGAUAAAGAAACAGCAUUGGUAUCUGCAGAUGUUGAAAUUUCUCUAAUAUUUUAAACCAUAUUUGAUGAUAUAUUUAUUGUACAUCGGAGGAGCAGAAUGUUUAACCAAUGCUGGAUAACGGACUUAAGCUGUCAGCCUUCUAUUAAUUUGGCUGCGUUUGUUAGCCUGUUGAAAUAUCAGCAUUGGAAUCAGCAUUAGCAGAUACGUAGAUGAAGAAUAUUGGAUAUUAGUAUUGGCUCACAUUUCUCUUAUUGCUGUAAAAUCAAUGCAUUAUUUUGUCCAGUGUACAAGACAGGAGCUGGGAAACACUGAUCUUGAAUUUUGCAUUCUUAAAACACAUUAGGCAACUCUUGAUUCAGUACUAUGAUUAUUACUGAAGUACUUAUUCUAAGACUUAUUUAGUAACUAGUAUGAAUUGCUCAGUAAAUGCUAACUUUAUCUGUAAACUGUAUAGUUAUGAAAGUGAGGAAUUGGUCUUUGGGGUUUAAACAAUUAAUAAUAGACAACAGAGUUUGUAACCAUACCCUGGGUAUCAAGUGUGCCUCAUAUUUUCUUCCCCUUAUCAUAAAUAUUUUCCUCAGGUAUGAUGUAGAAAGAGCUGCAUCACCUGCCCCAAGUUACGUGUCAAUGCACAGUGAUGGCUGGUCCUUCAGCAUGUCAGAAACAGAGGCUGAUGAAGAAGCUCCACAUGGUGUUACACAGGUCCACCUGGAGAGAGCGAACUCUUCAGCAUCAAGUAGCUUCUCAUUGUGCAGUGAUGAGGGAGUGGAAGGCGAGAGCAAGCCUGAACGAAAGUCACGGAAAAAAUCUUGCAGCCAACCAAGUGCUGCUCCUCCUCUCCCAAAACCAGAGUUACAAAAAGAUCCUAAUGAGAAGAGACACCCUGCACUUACUGUUGAGUUUGCUUUCAAGGCCCUCCAAAGCUGCCUGCAGAAACUUACUGCAGAUGAGUUGAAAAGCUUCAAACACAAUUUGUGGAAGCGCUACCCAGAGUGCUUUCGAGAUCCACUAGAUGGCUUGGAUAUAGUUGAUGUUGUAGAUAAAAUGCUAGAGAUCUGUGACAUUGAAGUGUCUUUGAAGAUCACACACAUAGUCCUGAGAGAAAUGAACUUAAAGAAGGUGGCUGACUACCUGCAAGGGCUGUGUAAAAGAAAUGAAGUCCGUUAUGAGUUGAAAUUGACUCUGAAAAGGAAAUACGAGAACAUUUAUGAAAGCCUGGCCCAGCAAGGACAACAGACCCUUUUUGACUCUGUUUACACGGACAUCCACAUUACAGAUGGUGCAAAUGCUGCAAUAAACAGUGAGCAUGAGUAUAGACAGAUAGAGGAGCUCCAGGAGUGUGGCCGUGGCACGAAAGAGGUGGUUUCUUGCAAGGACAUCUUCAGCCCUGAGGUUGUGAAGUCAAGGCAUGUAAGGACAUUGUUAACUAAAGGUAGUCCAGGGAUUGGGAAAUCAUCUGUAGUUCAGAGGUUUAUUCUAGACUGGGUAGAGGGGAAAGGACACCAUGAUGUGUUCUUUCUAAUCCCUUUGCCAUUCAAGGAGUUGAACCAGAUGGCGGAUGACAAAAUAGGCUUCAUGGAUUUAAUCUGCAGGCUCUACCCAGAAAUGAAGGAAGUGGAUACUCUUGACUUCGACGACUGCCGUGUGAUGUUCAUCUGUGAUGGCCUGGAUGACUGCGCGGUUCCCAUCGACUUUCGCAGAACUGCAUACUGGUGUGAUCUCAAUGAACCAACGACACUAAAAAUUUUAAUCACCAAUCUGAUAAGGGGAAAUCUGAUGUACUCUGCCUAUGUUUGGGUCACCACACGACCUGUGUCAAUCAAUCUCAUUCCUGCAGAAAGCAUCCACCAGUUACAUGAGGUUCGUGGCUUUACAAAUGAACAGAGGGAAGCCUAUUUCAGGAAGGUAAUCACAAACAAAGAGCUUGCAGAGAGAGUUAUUGCUUAUAUCAAGUCCUGCAAGACGCUCUACUUGAUGUGCCACAUGCCACAGUUCUGCUGGGUGGUGCACAAUGUGCUUCAGAGAGAUCUCCAAAACCUGCCAGCAGGGACAGAGCUCCCCAAGGCAAUUACUCAUUUCUACACCAACCUGCUGCUGAUGCACAUUGGCAUGCGCAGCCAGAGACUGCAAAACAGCACGAAAGAAGAGUCUGUUCUUAGUGACCAGGAUUUCCUCAUGAAACUUGGGAAGAUGGCCUUCCAGUUAUUGGAGAAGAAUGUGUUCAGGAUCGAGAAAGAGCACUGGACAGAAUGUGGUUUGCACGUCCGAGAUGCUGUGGUUAUUGCAGGCCUCUGCACUCAGUUCUACAGAGAGAAGUUUGUGAUGUAUCAAGAGAAAGUAGACUGCUUUAUUCAUCCGACUAUGCAGGAAUACAUAGCUGCUCUUUAUGUUUUCCUUUCUUUCAAGAACAAUGGAAAGAACGUUGUAGAAGGUCACAAGUUCAAAAUGUUCUCGAGUUCAAAGGAGGGCUCUCUGGUAGAGCUGCAUAAAAGUGCUAUAGACAAAGCACUGCAUGCCAAAAAUGCUAACUAUGACAUCUUCCUGCGUUUUCUCCUGGGCAUGUCAGUGGAGGCCAAUCAGGACUUGCUUAGGAGCUUCCUUUCCAGCACAAGCCUUAGCAUGCAAGCCCGAGAAGAAACGGCACGCUACAUCAGAAAGAAGAUUAAGGAGAAUCACUAUCCUGAAAAGAAUGAAAACCUUCAGCAAUGCUUAGAUGAACUUUUUCCUCAGCCCCAACGGCACUGAACAUGUUCUCUAAAUUGGAAAAGGGAUAUCGUUGUGUGACAUUGCUCUGUGCCUUGUUGAUUGCUUCAUAUUUAUUAUUGGCUGCUGUUUAGUAGCAUAGGAUCCUUAGAUAGCCUUAGCAUAAUUUGCUUUCGUAACUGUGAAUGUAUAACUGCUGAUGUGACUUCAGUGUAAGAAGAAUUAUCUUCAGCAGUGUUCCUGAUUCGUUCUUAUGGAGCAAGCAGUAUGUUAAGUGCUACAUUUUCAUCCAAGCUCAGCCACUACAACAUUUGCUUAUUUUCUUACUGUGUUGAUAUGUUGCAUAUCUUUGCAGAAUUUUAAAAUGUCAACUUCAGUCAUCUUGCCAGUUUCCACCAUACUUGAUUUUACCAUACAUCUUUGAGGCCAGAGCCUAGCACAGAUGCUUCCUCUGAUCUGUAGGCAUCUUAUCAUAUGUGUAAUCUAAUUGCCACAGUGUUGUUAAGCAUUUUGAAGUGCAUGGAAGUCAAGGCUAUGUACCCAACACUGACAUAUCCAGUCAUGCAUGUAUGAGUGAGCUAAUGACAGGAGAAAGAAGGACGCUGCCUUUUUUUUUUCAGCUCCAGUUCUAGACAUUUGCAAAAUAAUCUACAUUCUACUCCUUUAAAACUUGUUCUGUUGCAGCCUUUUUCCUCCUUCUUGGUUUUCUGUCACUUAGUCUUUAGCAGAUCAGGAAUAUGCUCAUCAACAGCAGUGUAAAUCGCUAGCUAAUUGGAAAGAGAAAUAAACUGGUGUUCAGUAUAGCUCUAUAGCUCAUGUAUUUCAGGAAGGGAUAAGCUAGUUAUAUUGCAGUUCAGACAGCACUAACAGUCUGGUUUUUGGAUAACUGCUUUUAUUCGUGCUUGCUUCCAAAAUUCCCAGUAUGUUACUUCACGUAUGGUGUUUGACUACUUAAUACAUAGAGAGGUAUUCACCUUCAAGUGAAAUUCUGAAGGGUGCACUGUUAGUGUACACUGCUAUUCUAUAUAGAAACACAAGUUUCUUUAACUAUGGCAUGCAUGAGCCUAUGUCAUUUUCAAGACAAUAAAGACUUUUCUUAAUA